GUGACAUGCUCUCCCAACUUUCACCACCCUCUCUUGAUAAGAGAAGCAUGUCCAGAACAAAAAAAGGUCCAGGAACUGAUCUUGCAGAUGUGAAAAGAAAGGAGAAGGUUACUUGGCCAAGGAAAUAUAAUUAAAGUGGAGAACGAACCAGACAGGCAACCUAUUUAUGACGUUCAUAUCCAUGAACGGGACAGAUGAAGACUGCAUAAUUCUAGUCGCCCUCUUCAAUUGAUUGUUAAAAUGGCGCAAGGUUUCCACCAUUGAUUUUGAGGGACUCUUCCUCUGAAUUUUUUCAUAAUCAAGGUCUCAAUCAAAAGGGCUAUACGGAAAGAUUCAAAGCCACAUUAAAUGGAAUAAAAAUGUGAAGUGAUCAACAAACCGAUUACCCGCCUCAUCCCACAAAGUCAUCAACCUUCUCUUUUCUUUGAGCUCACCAGUAGCAGCUUCUCAAUCCCUCGACUCUCCUUCCUUUUCCCACUUCAUUGACCAAUGGGUUUUCACGAGUGUUGAAGGGCAAACUCCAAGUUUCGUUCCCUCACAAAAGCCCUCCUUCCAAUCAACUUCCUUCCUGUCAGGGGUCUCGAUGGAUGCCAUUCUUUCCAAAGUCAUUGACGGCCUCAGCACUCUCGCCCAAGAGGAGCUCAGAUUGCUGCGGGGAGCCAAAGAGCAUGUGAAGAAGCUGUCCGACACGCUGGCUCUGAUCAAGUUGGUACUUGACGAUGCUGAACAGAAGCAAGUCAAAGAGAAGAACGUAAGAGAUUGGCUGCGCAAGCUCAAAGCUUUGGCACAUGAAGCAGAGGACAUAAUCGAUGAGUGUAUCGCCUGGGGCAUCAUAUCUGCCGAAGGCGAACACGAUGAUGGUCCCAAAAACCAGGCAUGUUACUGCCUUCCAAGCCCAUCCUCCUGCUUUCGAAGCCCCUUCCGUUUCCGAGAUAUCGGCUUCCGGCGCGAUAUAUCGAUGCGAGUACAGAAUUCGAUGGAAAGGCUGGAAGAGAUUGACAGGGAGAAGAAUCGGCUUAAAUUCAGGGAAAGGAACGUGAGACCAGAUGUUGUGGCGCAACCACCACCAACUACAUCCUUGAUUGAUGAACUGGAAGUGGUCGGUAGGGAAUCUGAAAAGCAAUUUGUCAUAGAAUCGCUGCUCAGUAACGCCUGUCUUGGCCUAGCACGCGAGAUGUCAAGCAGUUCUGGUCAUGGGGGAAUUGCCACUGUGGCCAUCGUUGGCAUUGGUGGCCUGGGGAAGACUACACUUGCUCAACUGGUCUACAACGACAAUGCAGUGAAGGCCCACUUUGAUUUAAAGAUGUGGGUAUGCGUGUCUAACGAUUUUGAUCUGAAGAAGAUCACAAGAGCGAUCACAGAAGAAGUGUCUGGUGUUGACUUCAACGUCCAGGAAUUGAAUCCUCUGCAAGUGAAACUUAGGGGUAUCGUCAGUGGUAAGAGAAUCUUGCUUGUGCUGGAUGAUGUGCGGAAUGAGAACCAAGAAGAAUGGGAGGCCUUGAUGAUUCCCUUCAGAAGCAGCGGCAAGGGGAGUAGGCUUUUGGUGACCACUCGCAACGUGGUCGUCUCGACAGCGUUGAAUGCUAACUUGGUCCAUGAACUGAAAGAGUUGUCUGACGAUGAUUGCUGGACCCUCUUCAGAAGGAAGGCGUUUGGAGGCAGAGAGGCGGAUCCAGAGCUAGAACCAAUAGGCAGGGAGAUUGUCAAGAAAUGCAACGGAGUCCCUCUCGCGGCAAAGAGCCUUGGAAGCCUUUUGCGCAUGAAAAGAACCAAGAACGAGUGGUUGUACGUCAAAGAAAGCGAGCUCUGGAGUUUGCCUGAGAACGAUGAGAAUCGCAUCUUGCCCGCCUUGCGGCUUAGUUACUACCAUUUGCCGUCACACCUCAAGAUAUGCUUUGCAUAUUGUUGUGUAUUCCCGAAGGACUACCCCAUUCAGAGGAAGAUAUUGAUCCAACUGUGGAUGGCAGAAGGCUUCAUUGUUGCUGACGGGAGAAGGGAAAUGGAGGAUAUAGGCAAUGAGUACUUCAAUGAUUUGUUGUGGCGCUCUUUCUUUCAGGACAUAUAUCGUGGCGCGGAUGGCGAGAUCCUUGACUGUAAGAUGCAUGAUCUUGUCCACGAUCUCGCUCGCUCUGUUACUGAAGAAGAUUUCUGCUUUGUUGGGGAGGCGUGUAAAUCUAGAAACAUUCUUGCAAGAGCUCGUCAUUUGUCAUUAGUUAAGCAAGAGCAACUGCAGACAAUUACUGCUUCCGUUUCUUAUGCCACGAACCUGAGAACCUUCCUUGUCUUUUGGGGAGCAUAUCCUAAACUGCACAAUCCUUAUGGUUUCAACCUUCAUACUGGGGAUGCAGCAAAGCACCUAAUACAGAACUGCAAGCUCUUGAGAGUGUUAGAUUUAGGAGGCACCGAUAUCAGUUAUCUGCCUGACUCUGUAGGUGAGCUGAAGCUUCUGAGGUACCUCGAUGUCUCUCUCACUUCUGUCAAAGAAUUGCCUGAAUCCACAAGCAAACUCUGUAAUUUGCAGACUUUGAAAGUCAUAUUCUGCAAAAAGCUUCUUAAGCUACCAAAAGCCCUCGGGAACAUGAGCCGACUUCGGCAUCUUCUCUUUGACUACUGUGAUUCAAUCACCUACUUGCCAACUGGGAUCAAUCGUUUAACUUGCCUUCAAACUCUGCAUUGCUUUAUCGUAGGGAAAGGGAGUGGAUGCAAUAAUAUUAAAGAGUUAAACGGGCUGAACAAUCUUAGGGGGCGGCUGAAAAUAACAAACCUUGAGAACGUGGCCUGUAAGAAGGAUGCUGAGGCAGCGAAUCUGGUAGCUAAAAGCAAUCUUCGAACUCUGAAGCUGGUAUGGAAACGGCAUCAGCCAUAUCAAUCGACUGUCACAAUAGAUAAGGAGGGGAUCCUGGAAGCCCUUCGACCUCCUAUUUCCGUUAAAAGACUCGACAUAACAAAUUACAUAGGGCCCAACUUCCCGACUUGGUUGGGGAACUCUGUGCUCUGUAACUUGGUCCAAAUUGUGAUUGAUGGUGCUGCCCAAUGUAUCCAUCUCCCCGCACUUGGGAAUUUACCACUCCUCAAAAGUUUGUCAGUAACAGGCACCAACUCUGUCAAAAUUGUGGGGCAUGAAUUCUACGGUGACGGUACCAUAAAGGGGUUUCCAUCAUUGGAGAGGCUGGAAUUCUGCGCAAUGGAUGAAUGGGAAGAAUGGUCAGGCAUGGAGGGGAUAUUUAAACGACUGCAAGCACUUUAUAUCCGUGAGUGUCCCAAGCUAAGGUCAAUUUCAAAUGUUCUGGAGCACCUAUCAACUAUGCAGACCUUAUGGAUUAUCAGUUGCCAUGGACUAACGACGUUAGCUGAAGAACUGGAGCACCUUCAUUCCCUUACCUCGUUGAGGUUUGUUGAUUGCCCUAGGCUAAGUGCACUACCAAAAGGGCUGCAACAUAUUCCUGCUCUCCAAUAUUUGGAGGUAAGCCAGUGCCCAGGAUUGACAACGUUGCCAUGGGAAUUACAGUACCUUACUUCUCUCCGCGCUCUGGUGAUUGCUUCUUGCCCCAAACUGACAGCGCUAGACAAGCUUAUGAAGUUUGACAAGAACGCACAGUACAUCACUCGCCUUGAAUCACUGAUUAUAAGCCAUUGUCAUGGGCUGGUAGCAUUACCUGAGGAAAUAGGAGAUUUGGUUGCUUUGAAGUGUUUGGGGAUCAGUUAUUGCAGUGGACUUACAGCACUGCCGACCAGUAUACAGCGCCUUAAUCAUCUUCGAACCCUACAAAUCAAUGGGUGUCCAGCCAUUGAGAAGAAGUUGCUGGAGCUAAAAAAAGAGGAAUGGAACCACGACCUGGAGAUCGAAAUCAAUUGCCAAAAAUUUUCUCCUCGAUCUUCUUCGUACCCUACAAAUCACUGGGAGUCCUGGCAUUGUAGAUUGUGUCUCAUCAGACAUAGUCUCUCAACCUUUCCAGUAUACAGGACGAUUGCUUUUCAUCUCCCCAAGGACAUGAGUCUCUCAACCUUUCCAGUAUACAGGAUGAUUGCUUUUCAUCUCCCCAAGGACAUGAUUCUCAAGCUGGAAGCAAGUACGAUAUCCUUUCUUUGGACGUCAGGGCACAAGACUCAUGGCCACCACCUCAUCUCCAAGAAGCAGUUUCUUAAGCCAGUGGAGGAGGAUGGGGUAGGGUUAAAGCCCCCGUUGGUGCUAAACCAAACUCUACUAGCUUGCAAGUGUCUCAGAAUUACAUCAGAAUUAUUCAGAAUUCAGAUUGUUUCUAAACAGCGAAUCGCUUUUCAACCGAUUCGCAGCCCCACCUUCCAAUCUCGUUUACUUCCCACAAAGUCAUCCUUCUCCUUCCUUGGAGCUCACAGUAGCAGCAUCUCAAUCCCUCGAUUCUUCCUCCCUUUUCCACCUCAAUUACCAACGGGGUUUCACAGGUUGAGGAGCAGACACCUGGUUUUGUUCGCUCACCUUUGUGAAGCUCACCACCCGAUCAACCUCCUUCCUGUCAGCCUGUCAGCCGUCUUGAUGGAUUCCAUUCUUUCCAGAGUCAUUGACGACCUCAGCACUGUCGCCAAAGAGGAGCUCGGAUUGCUGUGGGGAGCCAAAAAGCAUGUGAAGAAGCUGUCCAACACGCUGGCUCUGAUCAAGCCUGUACUUGACGAUGCUGAACAGAAGCAAGUCAGAGAGAAGAGCAUAAGACAUUGGUUGCGGAAGCUCAAAGAUCUCGCACACGACGCAGAGGACAUAAUCGAUGAGUGUACGGCCAGGGGUUUCAUGUCCACGGAAGGCGAACACGAUGAUGUCCCCAGAGACCAGGUAUGUUACUGCUUCCCAAAUCCAUCCUUCUGCUUUCGAAGUCCCUCCUCUUUCCGAGAUAUCGGCUUCCGGCGCGAUAUAUCGAUACGAGUACAGCAUUUGAUGGAAAGGCUGGAAGAGAUUGACAGGGAGAAGAAUCGGUUUAACUUCAGGGAAAGGCACGUGAGACCAGAUGCUGUGUCGCAACCACCACCAACUACAUCCUUGAUUGAUGAACUGGAUGUAGUCGGUAGGGAACUUGACAAGGAAAUUAUCAUAGGAUUGUUGCUCAGUAACGCCAGGCUUGGCCUACCACGAGAGGCAAGCAGUUCUGGUCAUGAGGGAAUUGCCACUGUGGCCAUCGUUGGCAUUGGCGGCCUGGGGAAGACAACUCUUGCUCAACUGGUCUACAACGACAACGCAGUGAAGGCCCACUUUGAUUUGAGGAUGUGGGUAUGCGUGUCUGACGAUUUUGAUUUGAAGAAGAUCACAAGAGCGAUGAUAGAAGAAGCGUCCGGUGUUGACUGCAACGUCCAGGAAUUGAAUCUUCUGCAAGUGAGGCUCAGGGACAUCGUCAUUGGUAAGAGAAUCUUGCUUGUGCUGGAUGAUGUGUGGAAUGAAAACCAAGAAGGAUGGGAGGCCUUGACGGUUCCUUUCAGAAGCAGCGGUAAGGGAAGUAGGCUUUUGGUGACCACUCGCAACGUGGUCGUUUCGACAGCAUUGAAUGCUAGCUUGGUCCAUGAACUGAAAGAGUUGUCUGACGAUGAUUGCUGGACCCUCUUCAGAAGAAAGGCAUUUGGAGGCAGAGAGGCGAAUCCAGCGCUAGAACCAAUGGGCAGGGAGAUUGUCAAGAAAUGCAACGGAGUCCCUCUCGCGGCAAAGAGCCUUGGAAGCCUUUUGCGCAUGAAAAGAACCAAGAAGGAGUGGUUGUACAUCAAAGAAAGCGAGCUCUGGAGUUUGCCUGAGAGCGAUGAGAAUCGCAUCUUGCCGGCCUUGCGGCUUAGUUACUACCAUUUGCCGUCACACCUCAAGAUAUGCUUCGCAUAUUGUUGUGUAUUCCCGAAGGACUACCCCAUUGAGAGGAAGAUGUUGAUCCAACUGUGGAUGGCAGAAGGCUUCAUUGUUCCUGACGGGAGGAGGGAAAUGGAGGACAUAGGCAACGAGUAUUUCAAUGAUCUGUUGUGGCGCUCUUUCUUUCAAAACAUAUAUUUUGGCCCGGAUGGCGAGAUCUUCGACUGUAAGAUGCAUGAUCUCGUCCACGGUCUAGCUUGCUCUGUUGCUGAAGAAGAUUUCUGCUUUGUUGGGGAGGCAGGUAAACCUAGAAACGUUCUUCCAAGAGCUCGACAUCUGUCAUUAGUAAAGCAAGAAGAACUGCAGACAAUUACUGAUGCCGUUUCUCAUGCCACGAACCUGAGAACCUUUCUUGUAUUUUGGGGAGCAUAUGCUAAACUGCACCAUGCUCAUGGUUUCAACCUUCAUACUGGAGAUGCAGCACGGCACCUAAUACAGAACUGCAAGCUCUUGAAAGUGUUAGAUUUAGGAGGCACCCAGACCAGUUCUCUGCCUGAUUCUGUUGGUGAGCUGAAGCUUCUGAGGUACCUCGAUGUCUCUUUCACUCCUAUCAAAGAAUUGCCUGAAUCCACAAGCCAACUCCGUAAUUUGCAGACUUUAAAAGUUAUAUUCUGCAAAAGGCUUGUCAAGCUGCCAAAAGCCCUCGGGAACAUGAGCCAACUUCGGCAUCUUCUCUUUGACUACUGUGAUUCGAUCGGCCACUUGCCAACUGGGAUCAAUCGUUUAACUUGCCUUCAAACUCUGGAUUGCUUUAUCGUAGGGAAAGGCAGUGGAUGCAAUAAUAUUAAAGAGUUGAACGGGCUGAACAAUCUUAGGGGGCGGCUGAAAAUAACAAACCUUGAGAACGCGGCCUGUAAGAAGGAUGCUGAGGCAGCGAAUCUGGUAGCUAAAAGCAAUCUUCUAACUCUGAAGCUGGUGUGGAGACGGCAUCAGUCAUAUCAAUCGACUGUCACAAUAGAUGCAGAGGGGAUCCUGGAAGCCCUUCAUCCUCCUGUUUCCAUUAUGAGGCUCGACAUAACAAAUUACAUAGGCCGCAACUUCCCGACCUGGUUGGGAAACUCUGUGCUCAGUAACUUGGUUGAAAUUGUGAUUGAUGGUGCUUCCCAAUGUAUCCAUCUCCCUACACUUGGGAACUUACCACGCCUCAAAAGCUUGUCGGUAACAGGCGCCAGUUCUGUAAAAUCUGUCGGGCAUGAAUUCUACAGUGACGGCACAAUUAAAGGAUUUCCGUCAUUGGAGAGGCUGGAAUUCUGCGCGAUGGAUGAAUGGGAAGAAUGGUCCGGCAUGGACGGGAUAUUCAAGCGACUGCAAGCACUUUAUAUCCGUGAGUGUCCCAAGCUAAGGUCAAUUUCAAAUGUUCUGGAGCACCUAUCAACUAUGCAGACCUUAUGGAUUACCAGCUGCCAUGGACUAACGACUUUAUUUGAAGAACUGGCGCACCUUGAUUCCCUUACCUCGUUGAGGUUUGUGGAUUGCCCUAGGCUAAGUGCACUACCAAAAGGGCUGCAACAUCUUCCUGCUCUCCAAUAUUUGGAGGUAAACCAGUGCCCACGAUUGACAACCUUACCAUGGGAAUUGCAGUACCUUACUUCUCUUCGUGCUUUGGUGAUUGUUUCUUGCCCUAAACUGACGACGCUAGACGAGCUUAUGAAGUUUGACAAGUACGCACGGUACAUCACUCGCCUUGAGUCGCUGAUUAUUAGCCAUUGUGAUGGACUGGUAGCAUUGCCUGAGGAAAUAGGGGAUUUAGUUGCUUUGAAGUACUUGAGGAUCAGUUACUGCAAUGGACUAACAGCGGUGCCGAUCAGCAUACAGUGCCUUGAUCAUCUUCAAACCCUACAAAUCAAUGGGUGUCCUGGCAUUGAGAAGAAGCUGCUGGAGCUAAAAAAGGAGGACUGGAACCCCAACCUGGAGAUCGAAAUCAAUUGCCAGAAGAUUGCUGCUAGAGACGGCGGAAUGAUUUCUUUUGAUCACGAAACCCCCUUAAGGUUAUGUAUUUAACUGGAUUACCUCAAUCCAUUCCCCCAGACUUCGUUUCCAACCUCAAGAUCGAAAUCAAUUUUUUGCUAUAGACAGUAGAAGCCGUGUAACUCAAUAUUGGUGGUGGGUGGAGGCCAGCUCAGGGUAGUCCCAUGAAAUAUGCCGUGGCUUCCUCAGCGGCACUCUGUAGAAUAAGCAGACGUCCGGCCAACCCCUCCGUGCUCUUCAAUACAGGACUACAAGAAAGAUUGGAUAUUUUCAAGAAGGAGUAUUUCAUUCUACGAUGACCAAAGCCCCUACCCUUUUCCUUAAAACACCAGCCCUGCUUUCGGUGCUCAGGACCUCUUUAGAUAUUGGGGAUUAACAUUAACAAGCUGACAAGUAUCACCAAAAAAACAUUGUAUAGCAUUUCCAUCUAAGUUUAAGCGCAACCUUGCCAAAAUACCAACAAAAUCACAUAAUCAGUUCACUUUC